CUCGCGUAUGACAGAAUUGCAAUUGCUUCUGCUGCAUUGAAUUGAUGCUAGAACGUCGGUGUAUACACAAACAUAACGAAAUCUUCGAAACACGCUUGUCUUUUGUAAAACACAAUUCUUAGUUGUGAAACAAAAAGUUAAUAUCGUGUGAGUGAAAAGUUACCUCCUCUUCUCUUUUUUAAACUGCAACGAUGAUCAUCGUCCAAUCAUCGUUGCACUUUUAAAACUUAAUGGCUAUGAAAAAAAUUGAACAAUAAACAGUAAAAAUAGUGCAAUGAUUAAAUACCAAAGAUGUUUACUCUGUCUUCUUAAAAAUAAGUAAAAAAUACCCCAUUACUCUCAUGGUUUGAUUAUGUUUCUUGGUGAAACGAAUAAGAAAUGUCACAGUUGGUUUUUUGCUGUCCAAAUAAUGAAAAAAACAAUGUUUUUCAUUUUUGUAAAAAAAGGAGUCCAUACUGGGCCUUAGCUAUUCUCAGAAUUGUACUUACUUUUAUUCCACAAACCGGAUACAUCCAUCCUGAUGAAUAUUUUCAAUUUAUUGAAGUAGCUGCAGGUGACAGUUUUGAUAUUGAUGUUUACAGACCAUGGGAAUUCAAUAUUUCUUUUCCAGUGAGAAACUCCCUGUUUCCACAAGUAUGCGUGCGAUUUCCAUACUUGAUACUGGACCAACUGUCGCCUUAUGUGGAAACCUAUUUUGGUUUUACUCUCAACACUCCAUACUUUCUAGUCUUAUUUCCAAGAAUAUUAAUGACCCUUUUAUCAUUUGUUUGUGACUGUUGUCUAUAUAAAAUAUGUGUUAUACUCAAUGAACCAUAUUUAGUCAGAAUGACUCUUUUUGCUAGUUCCUAUAUCAUGUUUACAUAUUGUACUCGAACUUUUUCUAAUUCUAUUGAAAUGGUAUUAACAUCAGUAUUGAUCUACUAUGUAUCUAGGUGUAUGGAAUUUUCUAAUAAGGUUGUUUUACAGAGCGACUACUUAACAAAAAAAUACUACAAAGCUAAAAAUGGGGUUGAACGCACAAAAAUAUACAAAUUACGUAUGACUUUACCUUCUCAUUCACUUAACGACUGUUUGUUGCUAGCAACUAUAACUGUUGUUGGAAUAUUUAACCGACCAACAUUUGUUGCUUAUGCAUUUUCUCCAAUCUUUUUUUGGCUACAAAGAGGACUUGGAUCUAUUAGUGUUGGAUUUUUAGAUUUUCAUAUAAGGAUAUUCACUUUCAUAGUCUUUGGUAUUCCAACAGCAUUAGCUUUGAUUCUCUAUGACAGUAUGUAUUUUAAAUAUUUAACAAUGGAAGAAAUAGGAAAAUUUGAGAUAAGCAUGAACAACUUUGUGGUAACACCGCUCAACUUUGUGAAAUACAAUUCUAUGAGUGAUAAUCUUAAAAAUCAUGGACUGCAUCCUCGGUUUCUACAUUUUAUUGUAAAUGUACCAUUGCUCUUUAGUAUUCUUGGAAUUUUGAGCUUGCUUACUUGCAUAAAAAUGUUUAAUAGUGGAUUAAAAGGCAAGUGGCUAGAACUACCUCGUAUACAGAGUGUUGAAAGUUUAAUGUUUGCUUCAUAUGUGGUACCAGUGUUAGUAUUGUCCAUAUUUCCCCAUCAAGAACCAAGAUUUAUUAUACCUGCAUUACUACCAAUAAUAUUCUUAUUUAGUCAUAAUAUCAAGAGUCCAACUGUUAAUGUAAUAAAUGUUACAAAUAAUGCACAAAAUAUUUCUUCAAGAGAAGUUAAGAAAAAAAAUUCAAAAAUGUUAUACUUUUGGUAUGUAAGCAAUGUACUUUUGACAAUAUUUUAUGGCUUUAUACAUCAAGGAGGUAUAUUGCCAGUGGCUAGUCAUUUAGCCAAAGAACUGAAAUCAAAGCCUGAUCUCACUCAUGUUUAUUACAUGAGUUCUCAUUCAUAUCCAUUACCAACUGGAAUUCUUCAAUUGAGAAACACAGGAAGAACUUACACCAGUAAUACAGGCCAUAAAUACAAGUUGACGAAGGAUUUUCAUUUCUCUGAAAUGGGCUCUAAAGAUGUUGAUAUUAUCGUUAAUGAGAUAGUGUCGACUCUGCGUCAAUGCGAAGAAAAUUGGGAAAGUAAAAAUAUUCCAUACAGAUUUUACUACGCCUUACCCACGAGUUUUUUAGUUGAAUUUACGCAAUAUGUAUCUCGCAAUAAUUCACAACAGUUUACUUAUAAAAUUUACAAAGAAUUUUCACCACAUAUUUCUCUGGAAAAACCCCCUACAACGGAUAUAUUAUGGCAGUAUUUGAAACCUAGAACAAUGCUAGAUUUUAAUGAUCCAUUUCAACAAUUCGUCACUCUCGUAUCGAACUAUUCAAGUCAGUUCAGUUUGACAUUACUUCAGAUUGAACAUCCACGAAUAAGAUGACAUGCAAGACGAAUUCUGUUAAAUUAUAGCCUGAUAAAGUAAAUUGAUCAUCGAAAAUUUUGCAUAUAAAUCUAAUUGUUAAUUGUAAUAAUAUUUAUCGAUGUUUGCAAUCACUUAAAUUUAUAUGAACGAGCUAUAUUUAUUACACAGUAUGUACAAAAUUGAA